AUUAUAAGUGCGGGGUCCAGGGGUUUUGGGCACUGUCAGUCCGAAGCUUCGUCCCCUGUUCAGUUCCGCCGUUCCCUCCGGCUCGGCCAUGUCUGACCCCGCUCAGCAGCCUGCUCCCGGAGCUCCCGAAGGAGGGGCUCCCGAAGGAGGCGCUCCCGAAGGGGCAGCCCCCGGUGGGGGUCCCCCCGGGGCUCCCCCCAACCUGACCAGCAAUCGCCGCCUGCAGCAGACGCAGGCCCAAGUGCAGGAGGUGGUUGAUAUAAUGUGUGUAAACGUGGACAAGGUGCUGCAGCGAGACGAGAAGCUGUCGGAGCUGGAUGACCGGGCAGAUGCGCUGCAGGCCGGCGCCUCAGUGUUCGAAAGCAGCGCAGCCAAACUCAAAAGGAAGUACUGGUGGAAGAACUGCAAGAUGAUGAUCAUGAUGGGAGUGAUUGGUGCCCUUGUGGUGGUGGUGAUUGCAAGUAAGUACCAAAAACCUCCGGCUCAAAGGUGAGGAAACACCAGCUCUAGAGUACUUUAAACUUUUCCUUCUUGUUCUGAGAUCUUGAGGGUCUUAGUUGUGUAAGUGUCAACUACAGUCUUUGGGAAUGGGAGGCAGAAGUGCUGGAACCCCCCUCACUCAGUGUGGAAAUGGUAUGCUUUACCUAGUAAUAUGAGGAAUGGGGAAGGCCAUCAUUGUAGAAAUGGGAAACUCUGCCUGCCAGGUCAGAUAAACCUGUAAGUAUAAGGGGCAUUUACCCUGGGGUGGGUGGGUUGGCAAGUUCCUUCCCUGGUGGGUGGUUUGGAGUUCUCUGAGGGACCUUUGGUGUAACUUGCCCUUCUGUUCUUUCCUUUUUUCUUUUUUUCUAUUGCUUUGUCUCCAGUCUACUUUUUUACUUAAAUGUAGCUCCUUCAGUCUGCAACCUCCUGUCCCCUAUUACCUUGCCUGUCUCUUCUUGCCUCUGAGUUUUUCCUUUCUUUCCCUUUCACCUAGCUUCUUCAUUGAUUUCCUUAUUGGUUUUAAUUUAUAUUCUGUGUAUGAUUCUGAGCUGCUUAAUAAACAUAGGUAGACUUUUCAAUAGCUGCUGCAGCUUUAGGGAGCGUCCUCUAACUUUAGAGGAAAGGGAAGCUGAAGAAGAGUGGGUACCUAUUUGCUCCUGCUCUUCUGCAGAGAACUUUUUGUGUUUAUUUUUGGGUGUAAGCUUGUCAAAUAGUGCCUGUGUGAACUCUAGCAAAAUAAGAAUGCCUUAACACAGUGCCUUUUGGGAUGAAGGACUGCAGCAUGUGAGAGCCUUUAGUGUUCUGCCUAAAAAGAGUGGCAGCAUGACUUGAGCUUUUCAUUGAGCUUCUGAAAUAAAAGCUAGUUUGUGUUGGCCAGUGGCUGUGAGCCAUCUAAGCUACACGUAGUGAUGUAGAUUUCUCUAGCCAUGGAGGGGUGAGCACUUGAAGAAAUGAUUUAUUCUGCCUGUCCUUACUUCCAGGUGACUUGCUGCCUGAACAUGGCCAGUUCAGUUUUUAUAAAGGAGGGCCUACAUGAUUACCUCAGUCAAGUGCAACAGGCUAAAUGCAGUUAAGUGAGAGGGGCAUUGCUGCUAUCUAAAAGGCAUGUGUGGGAGUGAAGUCCCUCUCCACAAGGAACAAAUGAACUACAAUUAGUCUAGUGGGGAGUGUCAAAUAUGCCUUUCAUCUAUGCACACACAAGCCAGGACCCUGUAGCUUCCUACUGUCUUGUAGCUUUCCAGAAGGAAGACUUUGGAGUAGUGGCAGAAUGGGAAUUGGUGUUUUGCUUUUGUGUGACUGGGUUGAACGUCAAGGAAGCUCACUGCCUCAGCAGAUAGAGGUGAAGGGGGCUGGAGGUAUUCCAGAUGAGACUGAAUGAGCUGCACAACUUUCUGAUUAGGAGUAUCUGCUCUGUUUCUGCUGCCACAAAGCCCUAACUUUCAGCAGGAGUUAGAAAACACUUGGAAUCGGUUAGCUGGGGAUUCAAAGGGAAAUGGUGCUCUGGGCAUGGAUAUUGCAAAGUGGCAUCAGAUGUCCCAGUUUGCCAAUUUAUGCUUGUAAAGAUGUUGCUGAUCAAGAUGAACCCUCCUACUUGCUAUGGGUUCUCUUGAAUUUAGGUCCAGGGUGGUCUCUAAUGGAAAUAAACUUGUGGCUGUGGCUUUCUGUGAGUGAUUCCCUUGUUCUUCUCCAUCAAAAGUAACAGGAGCUGUGAGUUGUUUGAAUUUUUUGUCAGACAUGGGUUAAAUGAGCUGCCCUGUUUCUGUAGAGUCUUCUGAGGAAUGUGUAUCUUGUCUUUUAACUUUUUCUAACAAGCUGAGCUGUAGCCUGUAAUCUAGACUGGAAAGAAGUACUCCUUUAAUUUAGAAAGUUCUGCCUCUGUUCUAGAAUACACUGGGAUCUGUUUAGGUCUAGGAGGAGGCAGGGAGGACAUCACUGGAGUUCCCAGAUAGGAGCAAAGUACAAAAGAUGGGAGGAACAGAUGCUUUUUGUUUCCCUGGAUGUGCUGGGGAAGCCCCUUUCUGCCUCCCAGGGCACCUGGCAAGGGGCUCGGUUUUGCAUGCUCACUUCCAUGCCCCAGCAUUUUCAUUUGAGUUCAUAUCCCUGCAAUUCCAUUCCUCUCCACCUUGGGGGAGGGCAGAGAUGAAGAUCUGGAGUGAAGCAGCCCUCGUCCCCUGAGCACUUCCCUAAUUCCCUGGAACUGAGAUGGGAUGGACGGUCAGAAGUGCAUCUGCUGAAGAGGAGCCAGGGCCUGCUUGUGCCACCUCCUGCUCUCAUUUUAGGGGGUAGGCUUUUACAAGCUUGAGGCCCCCAGACCAGCAAUUCUCUCCAACUCUUCUAAACAAGCCUUUGGUGUCCCAUUCCUCCUGUCUCUCUGGGAGCUGAGGUCCCCCUAGGCUGUCUCUUUCAUUUCUUUCUCUCAGAUGUUGUAUGUUGCCUCCUCCUCUGCUCCCUUUCCCCUCCUUUGUGUCUCUGUGCAUGGGCAAAACAAAUCACCAAGGCCCUCUUAGUAGAAGCAAGGGACUCUGCUGCCCACGGCAUCACAGCCACUCAUGCACGUGCAGUUUAUUUACUUCCUCUAUAAACACAACUGUAAUCUCCUCUGGCAUGUUCUAGAAAUCAGCUCAUGUACUUUUAAUGGUCUCUAAGAAACACAAUUCACCACCUUACUGAGUCUGUCUGGUCUGUCAGUGAGUGGGAAGGGGUUGGGAUGCCAAACGGAUUUUUUUUUUUUUUUGGUUGGCUUCCAUAGCAUAAACAUACCUGAAGUUCUGUCCCUCAAAGCAGUGGCUGCUUUUCCAUGGUAAAAUGAUGGUAGUUCCAGUUGUGCUGGACUGACUCUGGUAAGUCUGUAACAAGAUGUGAGAAGCAGCAGCUCUGGGGGAAGAGGCUGCCCAAGCCAAGUCUCCUUUCAGCCACCAAAUGUCCAGCCAGUGUCCUGUUCAGGGGACUGCCUUCUGUGCAUUACUGUCUUAGUGGCUCUCAGGCUGUUCUGCCUUUAGAUUUCAAUAACCUCAGAUCCUUAAACCCAGAAAACAUUUCUCCAUUGGUGUUGGAAUAUAAGUUCAGGACCCAAAUGAAGACCUCCAAGGGUAUGAUGCUGUUCACAACAUCUCUUGGAGCAUGACUGGAGUAAAGGUAAGUGCCCCUUUGUUUUGCCUCACUGUACAUUUGAAACUCAUUAAAAGGAAAUGACAGAGCUUUGUCCAGUGCAGCCUUCUUUUAAAAUUAGGUACUUGUGCCCUUCCCUGCCCUUAUUGCUACAAAAGCUAGGUUGUAAAACAAUCUUCCAUGUGGCUUCUGCUUCCCUUAUGAUCAAUCUUUGUCCAGUUUUAAACAUCACCAAAAUCCACACCAGAGCAGUGAACACAAUGAACAACUCUCAAUGGUGAAUUUGGAGCAGGGCAGCUGGACUAAUUCUUCAAAGAUGGAAGCCUUCCUGGGAAAGGAGGGUGUCUGGACUGGCUGGUGGAUUAAAGCAGCAUGUACAGUCCAAAAUUCCACACAGUUCAGGCCUGCACAACCUGAACAAACGAGUCGUGCUACAAUUCCUGCCAAGUUUUGUGUUGCGUUCCUGUCAGUUCUCAGCCUCACUCAUGUAAGGGAAUAGGGAAGAUGUUUUCAUAGGACAGAUGCAUUUUUGGGCUGUUGAUGGUGCAGUGUCCAAGACCCUAGCCAAAGCUGGGGAUUGAAUGCUCAUUUUCCAAAGCUGGCAGCUGCUCUGGAGCACAGAGCUGGGGCUGAAUGUACUGCUGAAAGUUGCCCCAGGGUUGAGCCCGGUUCAUGAGUCAUGUUGUGGCUGUUUGCAAAGACUUGCAUGUCUAGCUAUAAAUCCUCUGUUAGGCAUUGAAAAUAUCAUGUUCUACUGGAAGGUCUUCUGAGUUGCCAUCCUUACCUGCAUCAGCGUUUCUGCUGCUCCUGUACUCUUAUCCCAGAUAAAACAGGGUUUUAAAUGUGCUCCUGAAGCAAGGCCAAGGCUUUGGGAGAAUAGUUCUUUGUAUGUUUAAUUAAAAAGUCAAGCUCUGCCUUUGAACAUGGAACAUGCUUAACAUGCCUUUGAACUGGAACAGGUUGCCCAGAGAAGCUGUGGAUGCCCCAUCUCUGGAGAUGUCCAGAGCUGGGCUGGUUGGGGCUUUGAGCAACCUGGUCUAGUGGAAGGUGUCCCUGUCUGUGGUAGGGAAUUGGAGCUAAGAUGAUCUUUAAGGUCAUUUCCUAGCCAAACCAUUCUGUGCAAAAUGCAGCUCCCAUACCAGCUGCUUCAUCCAGAUGUCUUCAGGUGUGGUGGAAGAAAAGCCUUAACUGUACUGCUCCGAAGUGGAUAUACCCUAAACCUUCAUAUCUCUGGAUGCCUGAGGCAUUGCUCUGGCCUUUCCUGAGGUGUCUCUGUGCUGGUCAAAGCUGGGUGCAGGCUCUCAGCAGUGGUGGGGUUUGUUGUCUCAGCUGGAGAGCAACCUAAUGAUGGUGGGCAAGACAGAUUUUUUCAGAGCUGGAAUGCAGUGUCAACACUUUUUUAAUGAACCUGGCUUCCUUGGGAAGUGACAGAGAUCCCUGCUCUGAUUUAUCCACUGGGGUUGGAAGCCUUAACUUGGUGAAGAGAGGUAAUAAGGGGGAAGGUUUUAUCUUUGUUCUGACCUCUAAACAAAUAAUUGCUCUGAGAGAUGUAACAGAUAAAGAUAUAGGUUUUACAAAUAGGCAGCUCAGCCAUGUCUGUUGGAUACCUGAGCCUCCACACUCCUGAUAAUAUUUGACCUAUUUUUGGCCUGAGGUAGAGUACAACACUUACACAGAACACCCUUACUUGCUCCCCAGGUUUCAAAUAUGAGCAGCCUCAUAAUGUCCUUUCCUUCAGUGCACAGACCCACUAAAUGAUUUCUGCAGAUGACUAAAUGACACUUUCUUUUUAUGUUCUUCCCUCAGAGGCUUCUUUUCCAAAAGCCUUUGUACUAUUUUAUAAAACUAAAUUUGCCAUAAAUAUAUGUAAACAUUUAAUAAAGAUUAUAAGCUCUUUUUAGUUCAGUGCUUUCACGCAUGCACUUGGAAGCUGAAAGCACUUUCCCCUCUUGUUCUUACAAGCCCCCUUUAAAUAUUGCAUAUUGUUAAAUACAGAGAACUGUGACUGAU